AUGUCGCUUUUGUGCGCGGUGCGGGCAGCCCUGCGGGUGUACGUGGUGGGCGCGGCCUUGCUCCUAGUACAGCUGGUGUACCGCCUGCGCGGGGCGCUCCCGGAGCCAGUGUUUCCUCCACAACCAGAUCGUGUUGCCAUAGUGACAGGAGGUACGGAUGGAAUUGGCUAUUCCACGAGCAAGCAUCUGGCCAGACUUGGCAUGCACGUGAUCCUAGUUGGAAACAAUGAAGGAAAAUCUCAAGAGGUUGUCAAGAAGCUCCAAGAGGAAACGCUGAAUGACAAAGUGGAAUUCUUGUUCUGCAACCUGGCCUCCCUGAGGUCCAUCAGACAGUGUGUGCGCAAGUUCAAGGCGAGGAAACUCCCACUGCACGUUCUGGUAAACAAUGCCGGGGUCAUGAUGGUCCCGCACCGGACAACUGCCGAUGGCUUCGAGGAACACUUUGGAAUCAACUACCUGGGGCACUUCCUGCUGACCAACCUCCUCCUGGACACGCUCAGAGACUCGGGGUCCGCCAGCCGCAACACCAGGGUGGUCACUGUCUCUUCAGCCACACAUUACGUGGGUGAACUCAACAUGGACGAUCUGCAGAGCAGCUGCGCUUACUCACCCCACGGUGCCUAUGCCCAGAGCAAGCUAGCCUUGGUCUUCUUCACCUACCAGCUCCAGCACCUGCUGACCGCCUCCGGGAGCCAUGUCACAGCCAACGCAGUGGACCCCGGUGUGGUCAACACGGGUCUCUACAGGCAUGUCUUCUGGGGCACACGGCUCGUCAAGAAGCUACUAGGCUGGCUGUUGUUCAAGACACCCGAUGAAGGGGCUCGGACAUCCAUCUACGCAGCCGUAGCCCCCGAACUCGAGGGAGUUGGUGGGCGGUACCUUUACAACGAGAAAGAGACCAGGUCCCUGGAGAUCACAUACGAUGAAGCACUUCAGCGAGAGCUAUGGGUUCGCAGCUGUGAAAUGACCGGCAUCCGGGACGUCUUCCAGGAUGGCAUCGUGCGGUAG